AACCUAUGCUGUACAACACAGCUGGGAAGACUGACAAGAAGACAUCACACCUGUCCCCAGGUUUCGGAAAAGGCAAGAUUCCUGUUCUGCCUAGCACAGAUUCCCACAUGUUGGCCCUGGCCGGGGAACUGGUUCCGCCCAGAAAAAGGUGUGCCCCAGAGUCCCUUUCACAGAUGAGGGGAACCAGAACUGCAUCGGGGAAGUGACAGACAUCCCUCUCUGGGUCCAAGCCAAGAGCAGCUGCUGGGGCAUGAACACUAAGAUGAAGGGAACCAGAGCUGCAUCAGGGAAGUGGCAGACAUCCCUCUCUGGGUCCAAACCAAGAGCUGCUGCUGGGAAGCCCAGUGGGAACCGCCAGCCACAGAGGAAGACUGGCCAGCAGGUGAGAGGUCCUGCGAAUGCUGAGCAUCCAGAAGCUCCUACAGGGCCGAGCGUAGAGGACCGAGCAGCCACUCUCAUUCAGUGCGCCUUCCGGCAGCACCUGGCCAGGAAGGAACUGGCUCGCCGUCGAGUUAAGCGCCAGGAGUAUGUGGAACAAAUGGAGAAGCUGCAGAGGGAGGCCUACCUGGCCUUAGUGCGCCAGGAGCAGGAGAUGGCCCGCCGGCGGCGCGAGAAGGAGGAGGCAGCGCAGCGCGAGCGGCUGGAGGAGCUGCGGCGCCGCCGCCGCCUCCUGGACGCGGCCUUCGACGGGGACCUGGCGGAGAUCCGGGCGGUCCUGGACGAGGUGGAGCAGCGGCUCACCCGGGACGGCGUGGGCCACGACGAGGAGGGCCGCUCGCGCAGACUGCAGCGGCGCGUGGCCUUGGUGGAGUGUGAGGACGGCCACGGGAACACGCCGCUGUCCGAGGCGGCUGCGGGCGGGCAGACCCAGGCCAUCCAGCUGCUGGCCGAGCUGGGCGCCAGCCCCAACAGCAAGGGCGCCUUCGGUCGGACGCCGCUGUACCGGGCAGCCUUUGCGGGCCAUCUGGAAGCCGUGGAAGCGUUGCUGAAGCUCGGAGCAGACCCUCGCGUGUACGCGGAUGAUGGGAGCACCCCUGCGCAGGUGGCUCCCCUGAAUGCAGUGGCGAGUGUGCUGCAGUCCUGGGACCUGAGCCUUACUGAGGCCAUGCUGCGGAACAUGGAGGCUGAGUGGCAGCGCCGCGCUCAGGAGGCCCAGCAGCAGCAGGCCGCAGCGGCUAAGCGCUUGGCCCUCAGAGUGCAGCGGCUGGCCAGGGAGCAGCAGCAAUGCCACAAGGUGCUACAGCAGGCCUACUGUGAGCUGCAUCGGAGGAUCUCGGAGCAUGACAGGUGCCAGCGGAAGUGCCCGGGCAAGUCUGAGCUCACACUGCAGGCCAUCAAGGAUACAGAGACCCACGUGGACAAGUUGCGGCAGGAGGCACAGAAAGCUGAGGAGAUGUUGGCCAUGGCUCGGCUGGAGCUGCGCGAGCAGAGCCAGGAGGAUGAGGAGGAGGCUCCAGGGCUGAAGUGCCAGGUCACUGAACUCCACGAUGUGCUGAUGAAGGAUGUGGGCCACCGCAUUAGUGCUGAUGGCAGGUGGCCUCUUGUCAUAGAUCCUUCAGGCCAGGCAGCUACCUUCCUGCGCUACCAGGACACCAACUACAUAGAUACCAUGAAUCCAGAGCACCUGAGGCCUGAGACUAUCCGGCUGGCACUGCUGGGGGCGCUCAGGUAUGGGAAGCCACUGGUGUUUGACUUCCGAGAAGUGGACCUGUUUCCCGUGGUACAGCGGCAGCUGGAUGCUGUGCAGCCAGGCCUGGCACAGGCACUGCUGAGCCGUAGACUGCUGGAGCAAGAGGGGUACUUGUCACUGCUGCGGCCCACUGAUGGGGCAGAGUACGAUCCUGCUCAGUUCCAGGAGGCGCGCCUGGAACACUUCCGCCUCUUCUUCGUCACCCAGAUCCAGUGGCCACCAACUGAGCAACUGCAAGUGCUGCUCCCUGUGCGUGUGCAGCUCCCCAGUAGAGGUCUCUAGUGCUUCUCCCAAUAAAGCACCCACUGACUGCUGGACACUGGCUCACAGGGCCCUGUGGGGGAGCCCUGAGGGGAAAGCCACAGACUGGGAG